UGGUGCUUCCGUCGGAGAGUUACUACAUUUCUUGUCGGAAAAAAGUUGGGCAAGAACGAACAUUUUACGACAGUCGUAACAAUUCUAACCUACGAUUGGCGUGUGGAACGUGACUUCGGACUUCGGACCACCAACGAAAAAAUUGUAACCUAUAAAAUGGAGAUAAAAGAUUACUUGGACAUUCCACGGAAAUGUGUGAUAUGUAAAAAUGUGAUUCACAAAGAGGAAUUAAAAAAACAUACUUGUUUUUCUAAUUAUCCAUACAUUUGUGUGGAUGAAAAUGGAUAUUUAUGCCCACAACGUGAAGAUGAAACCAUUAUAUAUGAACCAGCAUCGUCACAUUCUACUGCAACUGUAUGCGAAGACAUUGAGGAGUUUCUUAUAUCAAAUGUAAAAAAGAGAAGAGAACUCUGGGAUCACACGUUGCCAAUUACAAAAAGAUCUCGAGAUGUAAUAGCAACGCACUGGCAGGAAAUCUCGAAAGAAUUAAACGGAAUUCUAACGCCAGAUGCUGCUUGCAAAAAAUGGCGAUAUCUUAAAGAUUCGUAUAUGCGUAUCCGUAACGAUGUAACAAAGAAAAAGAGUGGUUCAGCUUACUGCUACUAACAUUCCAAGUAAAAGCAGCGACUGUGCGUCAACAAGUGAAAUAUCAGAACUCGAAGAAGAUGCUGCUCACAUGCAAAAGCGACGAAAGCGAUCGAAUAAUAGCGACAUGUUAGAAACGUUAUCAAGCAUCAUGAGGGAACCAAUAAAAAUAGAUACAUCAUCACUACAAGCAGAAAAAACAGUACGUGCACCUGAAUCUGCGCAAUCACAAGACAAUAUAACUAACAUAAUAAUUGUAAUAGGAAAUCUAUUAAGUGAAUUUCCAGAUAAUGAAAGAUUUUUAUUUGCGUUAAAAUUAUUACAAUUAACUUCUGAAAAAGGAAACCAAUUACGUAAGAAAGUAUGAAGUUUAUGUUGCGUUCCUUUUACUGAGUAAUUACGUAAUUGAUAAUAUGCAAAAUUACUCUAAGAUAAACUCCAAAACUAUAUUGUGUUGUAUGUGAAUAUUUUAUAUUCAUUAAAUUUUAAUGUUUUUUUCUUCGUUUAUAAUUAAUAUGAUAAAGUACCGUUAUGUUUAAAAUACUCUAACAAUAUUAUAUGAGUUUUUAUAUGGAUCUGAAAACAUAUUUCUUAUGUUUUAUUUCUUAUGUUUUUUAUGUUUGUAAGUAGACCAAAGUUAUAUACCAAAGUAAUAAGUAUAAGUAGUAUACCAAAGUAAUAAUAUAUUUUUUGUUCAUUCUGAAAGAAUAUUUAUUUCAGAGAAGAGAAGAGAGAAAAAGACUUAAUUAUUUAUGACAUUAUCAUACUUAUAAACAACGUUUGUUAUUUUAAGAACUACAAUUAACAGAAAAAAGGAAAUGUCAUGUCUCAAUAAAAAUAUAUUGUUGUGCCUCUCCGGGUACAACGGGAAUUUUGGGGAUGAUCCAAGGGUUCGGUUCGUCUUAGGAGUAGGGACUCCGAUUGUCGAGAAACACGAGGCAGAGAUUCCGUGCAAAAAGGAUUUAUUUGUACAGCUUACGUAUCGUAGAGUUCGGUUUGGUGAUGCUUCGGCGAUGUAACAAUGUCGGCGUUUACAGAAUCUCACAGUUUCUUCAAGUAUACGCGUCACCACUUAGUUUCGGAAUACAGCCCCGAGGUACUCGUUACCUCUCUUUUUAUGGUCCGAAAGUAGGUGAUUUUUCGGUACUAGGUCGCGAUGUCUUAAUUGCAUAUUGCAACGAAUUGCAUAUCUUGCAUUUAAUCGCGGUUU